AUGAUGGAUCAGGAUCAGACUUCCGAACCCCUAACCCCGUCGGCUUCUGCCGGCUGCAAAAAGCUCAACGCCGGGGCUCCCGAGUUCGUACCACGCGGCUCUUCUUCGUCGGUUGCGCCUCCUCACCCUCCGCCGCUGCUGCAACCGGUGUACGCGAGGCCGCCGUCGUUCGUGGCGCCUCUGCCCCCGCCGCCGUCUUGCUAUGCGUACGAUGGAUACUACCAGCAGGGCGUGGCGCCUUUGUACGGGUACAAUGUGAGGCCGGCGGGUCCCGCCGAGUUCGUGGCUGAUGUGAAAAAGGGUGGCCGCGCUGCAGCUAAAAAUGGACUGUCGGAUGCUCAUCAGAAAAUUGUCAAUCAGGUUGAGUUCUAUUUCAGUGAUAUCAAUCUUGCUACAACUGAUCAGUUAUUUAAGUCCAUGAUCAAAGAUCCUGAAGGAUAUGUGCCACUCACUGUUGUUGCAUCUUUUAAGAAGAUCAAAUCUGCCAUUGCUGAUGUAGCACAGCUUGCUAGUAUCCUUCGAAGCUCAAAGAAACUGUUAGUUAGUGAGGACAACAAUAAGGUUCGACGCAAGCAUCCAUUGACUGAAUCGGAUAUGGAAGAGCUGCAGUCACGUAUUGUUGUUGCUGAAAAUUUACCUGAAGAUCAUUCUCAUCACAACCUCAUGAAGAUUUUUUCGACUGUGGGAAGCGUGAAAUCAAUCCGUGCAUGUCCACCUCAGAAUCAGAAUGGUUCUACAUCUAAAAUAGGAAAAGGGGAUGGAUUGCAAUUUGGUGGCAAGUUUCAUGUUUUUGUGGAGUAUGACUCUGUUGAAGUAGCAGAAAAAGCGGUAACUGAACUGAAAGAUGAGGCCAGCUGGAGGAAGAGUCUAAAAGUUCGAUUGCUGCUCAAACCUGCGGUAAAAUCUACUCACACUCGCACAAAGAAAGUUGGCCAUGAAGGUCAGAACUCUGGUAAGAAAGAUGAAACAGCUGUACCAGAGAUGCAGGGUUCCAAGGACAUUCAGUCUGAGGAUUUAGUACGACGGUCUGAUGCAAAGAGUAAUGAGAUUCAGCCGAACGAAAAUGCGAAAAGCAACGUUCAGAGGAAAGGGCGCAAUAGCAGCAGUGGCGGCAACAAGGGCAAGGGAAGGGGCCAUGGACGCGGGAGGCCCCACCUGAACCAGGCCAAUGGUGGGAGUGUAUUGGGAUCCUCACAUCUUGAAGCCUCUUCAGAUAAGCUGAUGAAUGCAGGGAAAGCAUCAUCCCCCGUGCCUCGCAUGCCUGAUGGCACAAAGGGCUUCUCAUUCGGUCGAGGAAAGUCGGUGACUGUAUGA